AUGGUAUUCGAAUCAAUGCAGCUAACAUUGGAAUUACUUCUUCCAUCUAACGCUGUUUUGCGAGAAAUCUCAAAUAAAAAGCCUGGAAUGACGCAGAAUGCAAUAUAUACUAAUGAACGCAUUGAAAGUGAAGCACUGACUGUAGCCGACGAAAUUCGAAUAUUUGUACCAAAUGUACCAAUUUAUGUUGUUGCACAAUCGGAUAAUCGAAAGAAAACGUAA